GGUGCGAAAACAGAAGCCUUCAAAAGACUCCAUCCGGCCAGUUAAACGGAUUGUAUACACGUGCCUGAGAUGCGAGCGACAGACAGUACAGUCUUUGCAGACCCGACCUUCAAAACAUGUCAGGAAAUCGACAGCUCAGAAAGCCUCGCAGCCGUUGCCGGAGCCUAAACAGCCGGUUCCCGAAGUGAGCAAAGCAGUCAAAUCAGUCAACGCAAGCAGCAAGGAAAGAAAGAAGGCUCGCAAGGGGGGUCUUGCGGCGAUGCUCGAGAAGAGCAAAACCCAGGGUUCUAAUCAGGGCGGAUUCGAUUUGAUGGAUUUUGGCAUGUAAGCUAUCCAUAGGGCUGAAGAAGGUUCCAGGUACCCCGCCACUGCCGGCCAGAAUUUCUGAGAAGAAUUUCGUCACUACCGCCCCGCGCCGACUGCAACUUUAACAACAUUUACCAACACAACCUCCCUUUUUGUACAUACCCCACGCACUUCAAUAUGGCCGAACAAAAGAGUCUCGCGAAGGAUCUUUUCGAGGAUAUGGGCCGCAAGGUCGCCGAAGCCAGCGGACAGCAAGACGAGGACGACUCCAAGGUCGUAGACGAGAUCGAGAGCUUGUGCAUGAACUGCCACGAGAAUGGUACCACACGCCUCCUUCUGACAAGAAUCCCCUUCUUCCGCGAGAUCGUCAUUAUGUCCUUCGAAUGCCCACACUGCCACUUCCGAAACUCUGAGAUCCAACCUGCCGGUGAGAUCCAGCAGCGUGGCAUCAAGUUCACAGUCCGCAUCGAUAACACAGACGAUCUCAACAAGCAGGUCAUCAAGAGCGACACUGCCGUGUUCAGGGUUGAGGACAUUGAUUUGGAGAUUCCUCGUGGUCGCGGACAGCUCACGAACAUUGAGGGCAUUCUCUCCAUGGUCGCGCAAGAUCUGGAACAGAAGCAGGACGAGAGGAGAGAGAAGAUGCCAGAGGUUGCGCCGCAGAUCCAGAACGUUAUCGAUACUCUCAAGGCGAUGGCGGCUGGUGAGAAGAUGCCUUUCAAGGUCACAAUCGACGACCCUGCGGGCAACUCCUCGAUCGAACCUCCCAACCAGCUUUCUGCCGGAAAAUACUCUCGCCAUGAGUACGCACGAAGCGCCGCGCAGAACGAGGCGCUCGGCCUGGGCGAUACCAGUGCGCAAGAGGAGGCACCCCUCAAUGUCGAGGCACCAGAGACCGAGAUCCGUCCGGAGUACCGCGCCAGACAGAUGUACCCUGAGAUGCCGUCUGCUAACAAGCCUAUGGUGAACAACAUCGAUGACGACGAUAUUGUCGAGAACCAAGUCUACUCGUUCCCGGCAAGCUGCCCAGGAUGCACCAUGUCGUGCGCGACCAACAUGAAGAUGGUCAACAUUCCCCACUUCAAGCAGGUCAUUCUUAUGUCCACCGUCUGCGAUCACUGCGGAUACCGAAGCAACGAGGUCAAGACCGGCGGCGAGGUGCCUGAGAAGGGGCGUCGCAUCACAGUAAACAUCCAGACCAAAGAGGACAUGUCGCGUGACAUCCUCAAGUCCGAGUCAUGUGCCUUGUCUUGCCCCGAGCUGAACCUCAGCGUCGAGCCUGGGACACUGGGCGGCAGGUUCACCACGGUUGAGGGUCUGCUGACCCAAGUGCGCGACGACCUGCGCUCCUCCAUCUUCGACGUGGGCGACGGCGGCGACUCGAUGGACACAUCGUCGAAGAGCAAGUGGAACGUCUUCUUCGACCAGCUGGGCUCCGCAAUUGACGGCAACGAGAAGUUCACGGUGAUCCUCGAGGACCCUCUUGCCAGCAGCUACAUCCAGAGCUUCACUGCUCCCGAGCCCGACCCACAGAUCAAGGUUGAGGAGUACGACCGCACGGAGGAGGAAGAGGAGGAGCUCGGACUGAGGGACAUGAAGACGGAGGGGUACGAGGAGGGGCAUGCGGCGGACCAGGCGGCUGCCGCAGCUGCCAAUGGCGCAUAGGCUGCUGGUUGAAAAGUUUUAGAUUUCUGCUCUUCUGCUGCAUUUGGGACGGGGCAUGCUUAGAUACCAGGGCUUCGCCAGCCACAUGAAAAAUGACCUUGACCAUGCUUUCCU